CACUAAAUAUACCAAUCUCGCGAGAAACAGAAUUAACGUGUUACGCGAACUUCUCGUGAGAUUAAGCAGCGGAGUGUCUGUGAAUUUUAAAAGUAUAAUUAUAUAAUCACCAGACUGGUUGAAGAUGUCUGGAGGUCCUGCGGUUCAAAUCAGCAUCGAGUCGGCCUGUGAGAAGCAGGUGCAGGAGGUGGCAUUGGAUGGGACGGAGACAUAUGUCCAGCCCCUGUCAAUGUCUCAGAACCUUGCCAAGCUUGCCCAGCGAAUUGACUUUGGACAGGGAUCCGGCUCGGAGGAUGAGGGAGGAGAGGGGGAGGCAAGGGGACAGGAAUGGGGGAAACAGGAACAAGAAGAGGAUGAAGCAACAGUAAAGUUCCAGCCUUCACUCUGGCCCUGGGAUUCUGUGAGAAACAACUUAAGGAGUGCCCUCACUGAGAUGUGUGUGCUGUACGAUGUGCUCAGUGUGGUUAAGGAAAAGAAGUACAUGACUCUGGAUCCUGUCUCCCAAGACAGCGCUGUUGGAAAGACUCCCCCAGUUUUGCAGCUUCUUGGUAAGAAGAAAUCCUUAGCAACAGCUGCUCAGCUUCUCUUGAAAGGAGCAGAAAAGCUGAACAAGUCUGUCGCUGAGAACCUGGAAAACAGGCGGCAAAGAGACUUCAACUCUGAGCUGCUCCGGCUGAGAUCACAGUGGAAGCUGAGGAAGGUCAGCGACAAAAUCCUUGGGGAUCUCAGCUACAGGAGCGCAGGGUCGCUCUUUCCCCACCAGGGCACUUUUGAAGUAAUAAAGAAUACAGACAUUGACCUUGAUAAGAAGAUUCCAGAAGAUUACUGUCCACUUGAUGUUCAGAUUCCUAGUGAUCUGGAGGGAUCGGCUUAUAUUAAGGUCUCCAUUCAGAAACAAGCUCCUGAUAUUGGGGAUCUUGGCACCAUUAACCUUUUCAGAAGACAACUAAAACCUAAAUCAGGUACCCAGCCCUGGCAUUUGAAACUGGAGGCUGCUCAGAACGUCCUUCUCUGUAAAGAGAUAUUUGCACAGCUUUCCCGUGAAGCUGUACAGAUCAAAUCCCAGAUCCCUCACAUUGUUGUGAAGAAUCAGAUUAUCUCCCAGCCUUUUCCAGGUUUGCAGCUCUCCAUUUCCUUGUGCCACUCAACUGGGGAUAAAAAGAAUCAGAAAUCAACUCCAGAAAAAAACAAACCAGACGAUCACCUUUAUGUGCUUGAACACAACCUUCAUCAGCUAAUGAGAGAGUUCCACAAACAGACAUUGAGCUCAGUUGUUAUGCCCCACCCUGCAAGCGCCCCCUUUGGAAAUAAGAGAAUGCGUCUGGCGGGGCCCAUGGCCUACGAUAAAGCUGAGAUCACUUCUCUACAGCAAAGUGAAGGGCUUCUGGAGAAGAUCAUCAAGCAGGCAAAGCAUAUCUUCCUCAGGAGCAGAACUGCGCGUACCAUUGAUAGCUUGGCAAGCCGCAUUGAAGAUCCCCAGAUCCAAGCCCACUGGUCGAACAUUAACGAUGUGUACGAAUCCAGUGUCAAAGUAUUAAUUACUUCCCAGGGUUAUGAGCAAAUAUGCAAGUCCAUUCAGCUGCAGCUGACCAUUGGAGUGGAGCAGAUCAGGGUGGUGCACAGAGAUGGACGGGUAAUCACACUGUCUCACCAGGAGCAGGAGCUGCAGGAUUUCCUCCUUUCCCAGAUGUCACAGCACCAGGUUCAUGCAGUGCAGCAGUUGGCCAAAGUGAUGGGAUGGCACGUGCUGAGUUUCAGUAACCAUGUGGGUCUGGGUUCAGUGGAGAGCAUUGGAAAUGCAUCAGCAAUAACAGUGGCGUCAUCCAAUGGAGAGUAUUCUAUUUCAGUGAGGAACGGACCUGAAAGUGGCUGCAAAGUGAUGGUGCAGUUUCCCAGAAACCAGUGCAAAGACCUUCUGAAGAGCGACGUCAUCCAAGAUAACAAAUGGAACUACUUGCGCGGGCCACACAAAGAAGUGCACUGGAGUAAAAUGGAAGGACGCAACUUUGUGUACAAAAUGGAACUUUUGAUGGCUGCUCUUACCCCUUGCCCUUAAAGCAGGCUUACACUGGGAGGUCACAGCACCUGAGACAUUGUUUAUACCCAAAACCAUCAAAAUGUAAUGUAGGUGUGAUAAAAGGAACAUGUAUCCAAGUGGGUAGUUCGUUUGUUUACACAGUAUUGUGUGCCGUUUAUAUGGUUGGGUCUCUUGGCAGCUGUAGUUUGCAGCCACUGUAGUGUGUUUGGUUAAGGACCGUGUCCUCAGAAACAUACUUCAAGAGUUCAAGAUUUUUGCCUUGAUGAUUUCCAAAGUAAUGUAUAACUUUACAAAGCUGCCUCUGAUGAGGUUCAGUUUCACCCUUUACACAUCCAACAUCAGAAUGUAUUUAAACUAUUGCUUUAUCACUAAACAAAUAUUUUACUGGCAGCUCUCCAAGCUGUUUCUGUUCCUGCCUUCAUUCUUGGAUUAAUAAACCUGUACAGUGUUUAGUUGAUUGAAUUAAAAAAGGACAUGGAUGGAAUGAAAAGCAGGAAUGGAAUGGCCAUGUUACUUAACCUUUGUAUAGCUGACCAUAGUUAAGUAAUAUUUGGAGUUGUACUUGUGUUUGUUUGUUCAGUUUGACCUUUACUGCAGCAUUCAUCAUUCCAAAGUUAUUUUAUUCUUAGUCCAAACUUGCGCCCUUCUCAGAAAAAGAUCCACAUCGUUCUAAGGACAUGUGUGGGUGGGCUUUUAAGAUUCACCAAUUCAGGGGUCUCCAUCCUUGGUCCUGUAGAGCUACUGUGGCUGCUGGUUUUCCUUUCAACCAAUCUCUGUUACUUAAUUUAACAAAUUAUUGGCUUAAUUAGUUAAGAUUAACAGGUGUUCCAGAUAUAUAGCCACUGAUGAUGUAAAGAUACCUACAGUCUAAAACCUGAUGGCUAGGCGCUGUCCAGGACCAGGGUUGGUGACCCCUGCACCAUUGUGUGAGAGAUCACCAAAAUAUUCAAAACUGUUGAAAUACUAAGCCUGGCAGUUGCCAUUGUUCCACCACUGCCACCAGGCUUGUGUCCUGUUCAUAGCAUUCCCUACAAGAUGGGUCAUCCAACUGUUUGUUUGUUGACAAAACAGACUAAAGUCUCAAUUCAAUAUAAGCACAGUGUUUCCUGACCACUUAUACUUUAGAUGACCAAAUACAACGACUCAUUCUCUUUCACAUUUCCCUCAUUUUCUCAUUACUCUCUUUACCUUGUCUUUCUUUGCACAUUUCUUGUUUUCUCCUUUUUCCUCACAACUUUUAU